AUCCAGUGUACACCCUUGUGAAGCUGUACAGAACAGAGCAUAAUCCUGGUUUACCUGGACUGUGUUGUAAGAACAGACUGACUUUAUACCAUCAGACAUCAACAAAAGAAGGAUGGGGAUCGUCAUCUUUUUCAUCUUCCUAAUUGGAGUCAUUUUUCCACCGUUGCAACAGGUGCAAGGAAGACCGCAUCAUCUCCGCCAGCUGCUGUGGCCUUCUGCCCCAAAACCUUUGCCCCAGAUGGACAGAAACGCUGACAGUGACGACUACACUCCCACCUUCUACUUUGAGGACCCGCCUAGGCCCCGGCCCCCGACUCAGCCCCGGCCCCCUACGCAGCCUCGACCCAAACUACCAGGCCCUGUCAGUCCCCCUGUUAGACCCCCAGGCCCCUUCGUCCCACCAUACAAACGCCCGUUGCCUCCUUUCGAGGGUGCUGUAGCCCCUCCCUGUGCUGGCGGUAACUGUGACUUCCUACCCCAUCCUUGCCUCACACCCGACCUUGGGACCUCCGUACUGGGAGACGACCUCCCGCUCGUCUUUGUUUUCAGAGCCUCCGACAAAGAACAGCCUCAAGUGUUCUUUCUCCCCCAGGUCCCUGGCGGACCAGGCCAGGGGACUGCUCUCAAGCCGCCCUCGACACCCUAUUUGGCAUUUCCGGGAGGAGCGGGUGUAGGCACCGAGGGAGGGGUAGCUGGGGGGUUCCAAGGUCCUCUAUUUGUGUCCCCAGCUGAGGUAGCCAGUGGGAUGGACCUUGGUGAGCAGCACAGGGAGGUACUCGGCACAUUCUUGGGUAAUGGAACUGGGUCUGGUGGUUCUCAAAUCAUCAUCUACCCAGGGCUCAUUAUUCCAGUCACUGAGGGCGGCCAGUCAGGCAGCGGUGCGCAAUUCCCAAUUGAUCCCACCAUGACUUUCCAAGAGAGGGGGGAACCUUCUAUUCUUGGAUUUCAAGGGAGGGAAUAGUGAUUUUACGUAUUGGGGUGAAGGAGUUUUGAAAGGUGUUUCCCUUGUUUGCAAACAGAUGUGGAAACGCCUUCUUACCUUGAGGGGUGACAUGCUUAGCAACAGUGGUUAAGUGGUCCUCUGCCAGGAUGAACCCUAUUGUAAUUACCUUUGGUAUUUCGAACAUGAAAAGGUGUAUAUAUUACUAAUGUAUUGAAAUACAUGGGUUUUGUCUCUCCCCUCUGUUGCUUUGGCUGAUGGUAGUUGGGUGUUUACAUUGAAUACCGCAAAAUGAUUAUUACUGUGUGGUAGAAAUAAUCUAUUAGGUAACUUCGAUUUAAGUUUCAACCAAUUGUACAAUGCUGCAACAGGUUUGCAGCUUGCUGUGGGCAAAUGUGUAGUCGUUCAAUUUUUUUUCAUUUUCGCUCAAGUUAAUAUGAGAGUGAUAUUGCUUGUGGUUUGAUGGUUUUAGAGUCAAUCUUAUUCGUCAAUGUAAUGACUGUACUUAGCCUGGGGUCACAAAAGAACUAAAAGUGUCUAAAAUUAUGCAACUAUCUGUCAUUGUUGACAGUAAAACCACAAAAACAUGUUUACCAAGGUUAGUGCAUGUAAACAACAUUGUCUUUUUAUGUGUCAGUGGGCUUAAAGGGUUUUCAUACUUUUGAUGUUGGUGUAUUCAGUUUAAGAAUAAAGACUAAUUACCAUGGAAACAAGAAA